CCGUUGCCAAUUUCUGUUUUCUUGUUGUUUCGGUCUUUUAUUCUUCUUGUCCAGCAGGCUGGUCUGUUCCUUAGGAGUUUGACACUCUUUAUUUCCAUUUCAAUCCUCAUUCGCUGCUUAUAAACCUCUUUUGUGUUACAAUUUAAUCGUCUUUUUGUUCAAUCGCUAUGAAGUUUCAAAGCACCUCUGCAGCGGCAGCUUUGCUUCUAGGUCAGGCUUUCGGUCUACCUCUACCAUCGUCAAAUAUGCUUCGUCGAGAGGUUCCCCAGGAGCAUUCCCAUGAUGUUUUUCUCUCCAUUACCAACGAAGCUCUAGCAAAGAGCAACCCAAAGGGUAUCAAAGAUGCUGUAUUUGGUCUUCUUGGUAAUGCAGCAGCGGCAGGCGGCGCUGGAAGUGUAACCAACCUUGACUGCCUCAAACAAGAGACAGCUGAUCAGGCUUUUACCAAUGCUAAAGCUGCUGGAGAUAUUCGAUUAAUGGCGGGAGCAUUGGUAUACCAAGCCCUGGAGAGAAAUACUGGCAAAGUUGGACUCGCAAGUGUCACUUGUACCGAGCAAGCUGUGAACCCAGAAAUUCAAGCUGUAAAGCCACACCAAGACCCAGCGUCUGCUGGUGCUGCUUCUAUAAACAAGGGUAUCACUCUUGAGCUGGCGAAGCAGCUCAAAGCUAUCGGCGCAGAUCCUAACCUCGCCCUUCUGAGCGGUACCUUUGCCCCAGGUGAUCUGAAUGAUGCUACUGCCAAGGGCAAAACUUGCGACGACCCUGAUCCUACCCUUGGAUGCAUCUACUCGACGGGGACGCUUGUCCUCGAUGCAAGCCAGGAAGAAGUCGCUUCCGCGGCCGCUGCUAUAUCCCAAACGUUUACUGGUACUGGCGGCAUUCAGGCCACAGAUUUGGUUGACUUGAACAAAUUCUCCACGGCCAAGGCUCAAGGAAACGGCGCUGCUCCGACGCCGAGUGGCAAUGCCGCGAAGGCCUCUCAGCCAGCUGCCGUAGUAACUCCCACUGAAGCUUCACAAGCUAGUAAAUCAACCCCAGCUGCUUCUCAGACCGAAGCCUCUAGCACUAGUGAGACUUCAACAGCUAGUGGAAACAACGUUCAGACUUUCACCGGCACCCUUGGUGGUCCUCCUCCGCCUGUCAUUUCAGGCACAGGAAACCGACCAUUUUCUGUCAAUGGAGAUACCUUUGUGACUGUUGGAGCCGCUCUACAACGAUCCUGCAGUAUUCAGCACAACGCUUGUGCCAAUGCCGCUAACUCUGGUAAACUCUCCGGAGGAGUAGGGCAAUGUGAUACGCAGAACACCCAGUGUACAGCGGCCGCCACAUCUAGUGCUGCCAAUAACAAUGCCGGAAACAACAGCAGCAAUAACAACAACAGCAGUAAUAACAACGAGGCAAGCAGCGCUGGAAACGGUAACAGUGCGAAUGGAAAUGCAGAGGGUGCUACUGGCAGUUUCGGCUCAUGCUCCAACCCCAGCAUCAAGUUCGCCAACGGCCUUGAUGGCCGCAAUGAACCCGCAUUUGCACCAGUGGAUGAAAACGAUUUCAAUCAUGGCUCGGCUUUAAACAUUAAGGUCAUUGCAGACUUCAUCUGCGAUCGACUCAAUUCUAGUUGUAAAGCCGGUGCUGCAGUGGUUUCGAAGUGUCAAAGCGCUUCCGCAGCGGCCUCUCAGCUUCAGGGUCAGGCUGCAGCAGAUGCUUUCAAUAAAGCUUUAGGAGUCUCUGCCAAUUAAGGUAGUCUCGGUGAAAGGGCUAGAUUAUCUUGAUGGAUGUUCAUCUGUGUAACAGUCCCUCAGCGCAUAAUCUCACAUAGCUAAGCAUAGGCCAUUAAUCCUACGAAGAUAUAAAACUACAUGGAACUUUCCCUCAAUAGACUAAACUAAAUGCUUCAUUUUUGAACGUUUUGGGUCACAGAAGGAACCUUUUUCAUUCCUUUGUUUUUAGAGAAAGCUAGAAAGCUAAAAAGCUAAGCUUAUAUGCCAUCCUAGCUUGCUCCUAGAAGGCUCCCGAGUCUCGGCUAGGUGUCUUUUCAGAGGCAGCCAGCAAUGUAGUGAUAUGAUUUGUA